AUGAAUAACAUCAAUAGACUGUCCCAUAACACUAAGAUAAGAAACGCUAUUUAUUCUGAAGCUGGCAUUGGGAUCUUAGGCAACAGCUUCCUUCUUCUCUUCUACAUCCUCAAGUUCAUUCAUGGGCAGAGGUCCAGACUCACUGACCUGCCCAUUGCUCUCUUGUCUCUAAUCCACCUGCUGAUGCUGAUAGUCUUGAUUUUAGUCACUACAGACAUUUUUAUGCCAUGGAGGAAAUGGGAUGACACCACAUGCAAGUUUGUUAUGUCCUUGUACAGGUUUCUUAGGACCCUCUCUCUUUGUGCCACCAGCCUGCUCAGUAUCCUCCAGGCUGUCACCCUCAGUCCCAGAAGCUCCUGCCUAGCAAAGUUCAAGCACAAAUAUCCAUGGCACAUGCUAGGUUGCCUUUUUCUCCUGAGUAUCUUCUAUAUGGUCAUUAGUAGUCCCCUUAUAACAUACAUAACUGCAAAGCCUAAUUUGACCUCACCUAGCUUUAUAUAUCUCACAGCAUCUUGCUCUCUGGCACCCAUGAGUUACUCUGUCCAUCACACAUUUUAUAUACUGUUGACUUCCAGGGACAUCAUCUUUGUAGGUCUCAUGCUCCUCUCAAGUGGGUCCAUGGUGACUUUUCUAUAUAGACAUAGGAAGCAGUCCCAGUUUCUUUAUAGCACCAGCCUUUCCCUCAAACCAUCUGUGGAACAAAGAGCCAUGAGGACCAUUCUGUGUCUCAUGAGCUUCUUCGUGCUGAUGUACACCUUGGACAGUAUCAUCUCCCACAUAAAAAGUAUCGAUGAUGGUCAGAUUUUGUAUUGUGUCCACAUUCUCACAACCUAUGGCUAUGCCACAGUCAGUCCUUUUUUGAUUCUCAGUACUGAAAAACAUAAACUUACCAUUUUCAGAUCCACAUUUGGAAGGAUGGUAAGCAUCAUGUUACUCAGGGAUGGAUAA